CCAGUGUUACUUCAGAUUCAACACUUCCUGCAGCUGCUUCACAAUAACAGUAAACCCUUCCAGCAGAGUUUCCUUCCUUCAGCAGCUGUUUUGGGUGGAAUUUAAAAACGUCCUCGUCUGCUUUGUCUCUCCACCAGAUGAGACCUGGGUGGGCGUUUACACCCUGAAGGACUGCUACCCGGUGCAGGAGACCUACGCCAAGAACAGCAGCGUCACCACCUCCACCCGCUUCUUCAACCUCCAGCUGGGCAUCAGCGACCCCGACGUCUUCACCCCGCCCGGCACCUGUCAGUCGGCUCGGCCCGAGAGGAUGUCCGAGUCCGACUGCUGAGGCCUCUUGAGACACUUAAGAGCAGCCACGAAAUCACUCCCUUGUCCACCCAUGUUUCACUCGCAGUGAGAACUUAAUCAGAAUUAUUUUCCCGUCGUUACUUACAGGUGUAGCGUAACAUUUUGCAUCUCUCAAAUCUGGCGCCUUGCAUUCUGAUGAAAUAAAAAAUGAAAUUAAAAAUUUUAA